GUUGGAUUCCUCGCCGAUGGACUCGACGACUGCGGAUGUUUCUCGACACAAAUGACACUGAAGCUUCGCUGCGUACGUACCACCCUGGAAGUCUUAUCGUUCUGAAUGGCAGGUGUUCUACUUCCAGAGAUAUCGGAACACGGCGUCCAAGGACUGUUCCUCCCUGCUUGCGUAUCUUAGGAGAGCGUACAGUCCCGCAGCGUGCAAGUGUGUGUCGGAAUGUGUUGCCUCCGCAAGCUUGCACCGGUGGCUGACAGGGACAGUACAUAUAUAAAUGUAUCCUCCCCCCUGUUUUCUACCGUCCGCCCGGUUUUCUUUCUUCACCCACCAUGUCUCCUACCCUGGUACCUGUUGUCAACGCUCGCUCGACCGUCCUUCGUCAUGUCAAGCGUGCAGAGAGCCACACAGAUACCUCAGUCGUCGUGCUGGCAGUCAUAUGCGUCGUUAUUCUCACCGUGACUCUUCUUUCCACCGUACGUUACUUCUGUCGGGAACGCCGCCGGAACUCGUCAUCCUCCACCGAUCCCAGUAGCCGAUCCCCGUCUCACUGGUACUCUCCUCGAUGUCUUGGGUCACUCCGGACUGGCCGUACCGCGACUUCCAGCCACCAAGACCCUUUGCCGGCGCUCCCACCCAGAGAUCCAGUUCGUCCUUGGCCUGCGACGUACCGCCCAACGUAUCCCCGUGUGCACUUCGCAGAUCGUCCAUAUUCGCAUCGAUCACAUCGUUUUGGCGAGUAUCGUCCGGGUAGUCUCGCUGUAUAUCGACUCAGCGGCCUCAAUGCCUACCAACCGGGCGAUCAUCCUCCACGCCGACCGAGUGGCUUCAAUGCAUACACCCCUGGUGGUCUUCCUUUGCACCGCAGGCCUCGCCCAUACAUUAUGAAGCGCUCACGCCUCCGGACAAGCUCCCCCAUCCCUGAGGCAGAUCCUGUUCCGGAGAGCAGUGAGACGAACGACGUUGACGUUCAGCUUUCCGAUAUACCCCAAUUACACGACGCCCAGAGCGUUCGUUCCACACCGGCAGUAGUACGCAAGACGAGUAUUGGAACGUCGGAGGAGGCUCGAAUAAGCCAUGAAACCGUUAACGAAUGUGAUGCAGCCAACGACUCGGCUCUCGAGUGCGCCUCAGGAACUGACACGCCCCAGGCAGGAACGGAUGAAGAACGCUUAGGAGGGAGUGAAGUGAGUACGUGAAGACGAGACCCUGCAGAUCUGACGUCCUUCAGCCCAGCGAGGCCCACAAGGACGAGCAUACUGGAAGUGCGGUGGUAUCUCUUCAUUCCACCUUUUCGGAUGAGGACGAUAGCGAUAUCGAUGAAUGUGGCGAUGAUGACUCUGGGAAAUCCGUCUGCAGCGUAGAGCAAGGCCGAUGUGCUGUC